UGGAGGGAGGGAUCCAGUUUGAAGAAGGAUGUUCGGAGAGCAUGUCUCUGGCCUCUGUACGUGAAGCAGAGGAGAAUUGCGAUGCAGCUUCUAUAAAGCAUCAUCUGAGUUCAUAAUUAAUGUUGUCUCUUAGCAGGGAGACGGAAGUAAGGUGUGGGUUUGUUGCUGUGAUUGGUGUCAUACAUUGCUGUUGCCGAACAAACUGUCGUUAAACAGGAAAUUCUUUUUCUCGUAACUUCUAGCAUACGUGACAUGAACUAAAAUAAGUUCCUCUGUUGUUGGUGUUUAACAAUGCUUAUUCACAGUUUUGUUGACGCAUCACAUUCUUUGCAGACCUGGUGUAUCAGUUGUUAAUCUGACCAUCUUUAGCAAAUGCUUCUCUUUCAUGUUUCGCUGAAUAUUUGGACACCCAUUUUUGCAUAAACUUGAACCUCAUUGUGGUGGCCCAAAAAGGUAUUUUCCUCUACUGGUUAAAAGUAGACUUGUGCUUUUCAUAAAAAAGUAACAUGGAAUGAGUUGUAAAUAAUGUAAAGGUAAGUACAUAAUAAGCUUUUUGAAGUUUAAUCUGUGCAGCUCUGCUAAAUCAAAAACCUCACCAGUUAUGGGAUAUUCUGUUUUUCUAGGAAUGUUGUGUACUCUUGUGUAGGGUGGCAUAAUAAAUGACUGGUUAGCACAUCUGCCUCAUGGUUCUGAGCACUGGGGUUCAAAUGCCACCACCGCCUGUGUGUUUUUUCCUACAUCCCCAAAACAUGCGUGAGUGCAGCAAUGGAGGAGACUGUCAUUUGGGAACAGCACACUGUAACAUUGCACAGGGCACCAGGGUUUGGCUUCGGCAUAGCCAUAUCAGGAGGCAGAGAUAACCCUCAUUUUCAGAGCGGUGAGACCUCCAUUGUUAUUUCAGAUGUGCUAAAAGGCGGCCCGGCAGAAGGCCUACUGCAGGAAAAUGACAGAGUGGUCAUGGUCAAUGCUGUCUCCAUGGAUAAUGUGGAACACGCCUAUGCAGUUCAGCAGCUUCGUAAAAGUGGAAAAAUUGCCAAAAUUACAAUCCGACGUAAGAGAAAGGUGCAUGUCCCCAUGGGUCGUCUCGGGGAGCGGGAAACGAUGUCAGAGCAUGACGAGGAGGAGGACAGCUACGAUGAAGAGAUAUAUGAGACGCGCAGCGGACGCAGUGGCGCGUACAGCGGCAUGGGUGGAGCCAUGGGUAGGCGCAGCGGUCGCAGCUGCGGCCGAAGGGAGAGGGAACGUGAACGAAGUGGCUCGCGGGAGAGAAGUCUCUCGCCACGCUCAGAUCGCCGCUCACACAAUCUGCCUCCGCGCCCUGCCAAAGUCACACUGGUCAAGUCGCGCAAAAAUGAAGCAGAAUAUGGCCUGCGCCUGGCCAGCCACAUCUUCGUCAAGGACAUCUCCCCCGAGAGUUUAGCAGCCAGGGAUGGAAACAUCCAGGAGGGGGACGUUGUACUGAAGAUCAAUGGCACAGUUACUGAGAACCUCUCAUUGAUUGAUGCCAAGAAGCUGAUAGAAAGGUCAAAAGGCAAGCUAAAAAUGGUUGUUCAGAGGGAUGACCGAGCGACCUUGCUGAACAUCCCUGACCUCGACGACAGCAUUCCUUCAGGCAACGCCUCCGACAGAGACGACAUUUCAGAUAUCCAUUCUCUGGCAUCCGACCAUUCUAAUCGAUCGCAUGACAGACUUCGUAGCAACCGCUCCCGCUCUCCAGACAGACGAUCGGAACCGUCAGAUCACUCCAGACACUCGCCACCUCAAAUCAGCAAUGGCAGUCACAGAAGUCGAGAUGAGGAGCGGAUAUCAAAAGCAGCUUCAACACCAGCAAAGCUUUCAGAGGAAGUCCCUCUGCCCAAGCCGAAAGAGCCAGCUCUUGCUAAAGAUGAGAAACAACUUCCACCGCUCCCAGAACCAAAGCCAGUUUACGCCCAGCCUGGACAGCCUGAUGUUGACCUCCCUGUCAGCCCAUCUGAUGCCCCUGUGCCAAGUGCUGCUCACGAUGACAGCAUCCUUCGGCCAAGCAUGAAGCUGGUGAAGUUCAAAAAGGGGGAAAGUGUGGGGCUCCGACUGGCGGGAGGGAAUGAUGUUGGCAUCUUUGUUGCUGGAGUGCUGGAAGAUAGCCCAGCUGCGAAGGAGGGCCUGGAGGAGGGUGACCAAAUUCUCAGGGUAAACAACGUGGAUUUUGCAAACAUAAUCCGAGAGGAGGCAGUGCUGUUCCUCUUGGAUCUUCCUAAAGGUGAAGAGGUCACAAUUUUGGCUCAAAAGAAGAAAGAUGUCUAUCGGCGGAUUGUGGAGUCUGACGUAGGUGACUCCUUUUACAUCCGGACACACUUUGAGUAUGAGAAGGAAUCUCCAUACGGAUUAAGCUUUAACAAAGGCGAGGUGUUCCGUGUCGUGGACACCCUCUACAAUGGCAAGCUGGGUUCCUGGCUCGCUAUUCGCAUUGGCAAGAACCAUCAGGAGGUGGAGAGGGGUAUCAUCCCCAACAAAAACAGAGCGGAGCAGCUUUCCAGUGUGCAAUACACACUCCCCAAAACAGCUGGGGGCGACCGGGCGGACUUCUGGAGGUUCCGUGGUCUUCGCAGUUCAAAGAGAAACCUCCGGAAGAGCCGAGAAGAUCUUUCUUCACAGCCAGUGCAGACAAAGUUCCCAGCAUAUGAGAGGGUUGUAUUGAGAGAAGCUGGUUUCCUAAGACCUGUUGUGAUAUUUGGACCUAUUGCCGAUGUUGCACGUGAAAAACUCUCCAGAGAAGAGCCAGAUCUUUUUGAGCUUGCAAAGAGCGAGCCCAGAGAUGCAGGAACAGACCAGCGGAGUUCAGGAAUUAUUCGUCUUCACACCAUUAAACAAAUCAUAGAUAGAGACAAACACGCUGUGCUGGACAUCACUCCGAAUGCUGUGGACAGGCUGAACUAUGCUCAGUGGUACCCAAUCGUAGUCUUCCUAAAUCCAGACAAUAAGCAGGGUGUGAAGAACAUGAGGACGAGGCUGUGUCCCGAGUCCAGGAAAAGUGCCAGGAAGCUGUACGAGCGAGCCAUCAAACUGAGGAAGAAUAAUCAUCACCUGUUCACCACCACUAUUAACUUGAACAACAUGAAUGACGGUUGGUACGGAGCUCUUAAAGAAACAAUCCAGCAGCAACAGAACCAGCUGGUGUGGGUUUCUGAGGGAAAGGCGGAUGGCACCACAGAAGAUGACUUGGAUAUCCACGACGACCGUCUGUCUUACCUGUCAGCACCAGGUAGCGAGUACUCCAUGUACAGCACGGACAGCCGUCACACAUCUGACUACGAGGACACGGACACGGAGGGCGGAGCGUACACGGACCAGGAGCUGGAUGAGACCUUGAAUGACGAGGUGGGUCUGCCCACGGAGCCCGCCAUCACGCGGUCUUCCGAACCUGUGAGGGAAGACCCGCCUGUCAUUCAGGACACCCCUGGCUACCCUGGAUACCAGCACCCAGUACCGCCCGACCCAGCGAAUCGUAUAGACCCCACAGGCUUCAAAAUGCCAUCUCCGCAGCAGCAAGAGGAGGCUUCUCUGCCCAUGCCCUCCUUGCCUGCAGCGGUGGUAGCGCCCCCUGCUGUUGGGCAGCCUGUACAGCUAGAGGGUAUGCACCUAGAGGAGCCCCCCGCUGCACCCGCAGCUCCUCAGGCUGACUCACUUAGCAGCCUCAGUCCUGCCCCUGAGCUUAUUCAGCCCCCAGCACCAUCACAUGAACCCCACCUGUCUGGCCCACCUGGUCCAGAACCAAAGAUGUACAAGAAAGAUCUGUACAAUAUGGAGGAACCUGUGCGAAUCAACCAUGGCUUGAAGCAGUCACUGAGCUACACUCACCAGCCACCAUACCAGGACAAGCAGCCAUACCGAGAAUAUGACCACCCGCCUUACGGUUACGAUGGGGGCGGCUACGCAGAACCAAAGUCUCACAACGCUGACUGUCACAUGCACUACAACAACCGUGUGCCUCAUUACAACGAACAGUGGUCCCCCUACGACCAGCAGACCUCAUCCUGCCAGCCUGCAGGUUACCAGCUGGGACACCAGCAACCCAUCGGCUACAACCCCCGCUCACCGUACGAAGAUGGGCCAGGGAGGGACUACAGCCCGCCUCAACCACGAUAUGAAGACCCUCUUCCUGUGGGAUAUGAUGCCAGAGCGCGCCACAGUAAACCCGGGCCAAUUCGUUAUGAUGAACCGCCCCCACCGCCACCUCCCGCAGGCUUCGAUGCCCGCUCUUCUUAUGACGCAGAUGCUCACAGCUUUCCCAUUAACUCGCCUCGUUCUCCAGAACCACCAAAGCAGUACUAUGGCGACUCUGGUCUAAGGCCCUCCUACAUCCCUGGGCCACAACGGGGCUUCAAGGCAGGAAUGCAUGAGCCCGUGCUAAACUCUGAGCCACCAGUUCUCCCUCCUAAAACAGAGACCCUCACAUCCCCUGGUGAGCCAGCAGUCCCUCCUGGGUCAAAGCCCUUGCCACCCCAUCAACGGGAAGACCUGGAUGAGGACCCACCCAUGAAACCACAGUCUGUCCUCAACAGAGUAAAGAUGUUUGAAAAUAAACGUUCCGUUUCUGUGGACAGAGCAAAGGAAGGAGAAUCAUCAGUCCUCAGGCCAGCAGAUGUUCCCAAACCUUCAAGUGCACCUGGUCCAGUGCUCAAGGCAAAUUCACUCAGCAACCUGGAGCAGGAAAGGUCCUCCUACAGGGCUCCUGAGCCACAGAGGCCUCACAUCAAACCGCUUGAUGAUGUAAUGCGUACCAAUCAUUAUGACCCAGAUGAGGAUGAGGACUACUACAGGAAGCAGUUGUCCUACUUUGACCGUCGGAGCUUUGACAGCAAAGCCAUGGGCCAACCCUAUCCCGGCAUAAAUCGCUUCCACGAUCUGGCCAAACCAGCUCAACUGUCAUACCCGUACAACAGGGUGGAGUCUGUUGAGAAAGCGAGCCCAGGGGAGAAACGAUAUGACCCCCUACCUCAGAUUAGCCCCUCUUCUCAGUAUGGACUCCCCGGGUCUGGUAUCCCACCCAAUACGCUGCCCAAACUCAGCCCAAGUGACGUGAACUCCAUCCCCGAGCCACUGAGCUCCCCUAAUCCCAAACCCGAUCUGUCGGCCCUCAGAUCAGUUAGCAGGGAUGAACCAUCACCGAUAGGCUACCUAGCCCCAAGGGCCGUCCCUGACAAGUCCCCCAUCAAUGGCACGGAUGGCACUCUCCCAAAGACCAUCGGUGCUCCUGUUCCCACUGGUUACAACCGCUACGUCCCCAAGCCGUACACAAGCUCGGCACGACCGUUCGAGCGCAAGUUCGAGAGCCCCAAGUUCAAUCACAACCUGCUGCCCAAUGACACACAGGUGAAGACUGAGCUCCUCGGCAAGCUCGGCAUGGUGAGCAACAGCGGGGGAAUGCCACAGCUCUCACCUCAGGCUCUGGACCAUGACAGUGGUCUGGACACCUUCACUCGCACCAUGGACAACAGGCCCAAAUACCAGCACAAUAACAUCAACGCCAUCCCCAAGGCCAUUCCUGUAAGCCCCGGCGCACUGGACGAUGACGACGAGGACGAAGGCCACACGGUGGUCGCCACCGCCCGUGGCAUCUUCAACUGCAACGGAGGGGUCCUGAGCUCCAUCGAGACGGGUGUCAGCAUCAUCAUCCCCCAGGGAGCCAUCCCAGAGAACGUGGAGCAGGAGAUCUACUUCAAGGUGUGCCGCGACAACAGCAUCCUGCCCCCCCUCGACAAGGAGAAAGUGCGUGUCCACGCAGGAGAAACGCUGCUAAGUCCGCUGGUGAUGUGCGGCCCUCACGGACUCAAGUUCCUGAAGCCGGUGGAGCUGCGCUUACCUCACUGUGCGUCUAUGACCCCUGAUGGUUGGUCUUUUGCUCUAAAAUCCUCCGACUCCUCGUCGGGUGACCCUAAAAGCUGGCAGAACAAGUCUCUCCCCGGAGACCCAAACUACCUGGUGGGCGCAAACUGCGUUUCUGUGCUCAUCGACCACUUCUGAAGAGGGCGACAGCUGGUCUGUUACAGAAUGUGAAAGCUAUGGGAAGCGUCUGUUGCCUGUGGGGGGAAGGCGAGGUGGGGGUGUGGCAUUCACCUUGAGUGAAUCCAACACGCAUUGUUUACUGGCCUCCAGGAAAAAAAGAAAAUGGGAAAAAAACACGGCGAGUCAGCAGAAUCCAGCUGUUCUUUUUUGAGUCUUUUUUUGGUGCUUUUAAGGCUUGCAAAAAAUUAAAAAAUAAAAUAAAAAUGAUGGGACUGAAGUUAGAGUGCAUGACGGGUGCCACAGACUCAUCUUGACAUUUUUAGCUACUUUUUGUAAUAGCUCAGAGGAGUGAAAGGAAAAUGGAGGAAAAAAAGGAGAACUUGGGAUCAUGUUAAUCUUGCUAAGGAUGUUUUUUGCAGUGUUAAAAGAAAGUCAAAAAGAGCUCGGUUGGCAUACGCUAACCAUUUUGUUUGAAAUCUGAGCACUUGAUGUCACCGAAGACGUUGACAAAAUGAAGGUUUACAGCCUGGCAUUGACAACGCCCUUUUGCUGUGAGCAGGUGAAAAGUGACGGGGGUUUUUUUUUUUUUCGUUUGUUUUGUGUGUAGCAAAUGUUUUACCGUAGAUAAAUAUACUGACUUGAUUUGAUAAAGUCCUGCUGUCUAGAGAUCUAUGCAUGUGCUACGACUCAGGUCCAGACGCCUGCUACCACUUCUACACGUGAAGCCCAUCGAACACUGCGAGCAGUGAUGCCUUAUCUGCAUAUAAACAUAGAAAACUAUAUCUAGAGAGAGUCCACAUUGAACCCACCCUGAUGCUCCAGUCACAGGUGACACGGUUGUCUCUCCUUUUUCUUUUUCUUUUUUUUUUUUUUAUACUUUGAUUCUAGCACACGUGACGAAACGACGCUGAUCAAAUGGAAGUUGUGCUUUGUUUUCCUGCUAUGCAUAUGAAGCGUUACGAGGAGCAGAAAAGGACAACGUGGCUGUACAUACCGCUAGCAUAUGGCCUUGGUUCUCUGUAAAGGAACUUUUGUACAUCUAUACUGUUUUUUAUAAAAGAGAAAAAGGUUGUUUAAAAAAAACAAGGAAAAGAAGGCAAUGGAGUUACAUGGUUAUGUUUGUAUUCUGAUUAAAACCCCUGAGCCUUGGAAACUGACAUAAGCAGUAAUAAGUCCAACUUUUCUACAUACUGCAUAAAUACACUACGUAAGGCAUUUUUAACCCUAUGAAAAGUUUUUAUUCUUAUUUACAAAGACAAAAUAAAAUAGACAAGUGCUUGAUUUAAACGGUUUUAAAAGAUGUGCUCAAAGGGGGUUUGGAUGGGGGCCCGGGGGGGUCUGUUAUGACAACUGAUCCCUUCCUUUAUUUGUGAUACUGGAUGCUUUAUUGUGUGCCCUGAAAUGUAUUUUUGUACUAAUAGACAAUUUAUUAUGGCACAUCAGUACUACUUUCUUUUGAUAUAACACUUCAGUGCAACACUAAUUUUUUUUUUCUUCAUGUGUUGACCGUUCUUUAUAUUAUUUAUUUGGACUUCUUGUUUCAAACUCCCACCCCCCUGCAACACUUUUUUUUUAUGUAUACCACUGUAUUAAAAAAAAGAAAUAAAUAGAUUUUUCAAGUAAA